UCUAUCUCUCAUCCAGAAUUUAACAAAGAAUUUAGUCCAGAGGUACCAGACUGUCAUACUGGGUAGUGGCUCUCCAGUUCUUCAGGACGAAAACAAAUUUUGGGUUUUCCUAGUCUCAAGUCAUAGGUAAAUGGCCUCCGAACCUGUCAAUGUGAAUGAGUUCCAAGAAUUGGCUAGGCAAGCCCUUCCAAAAAUGUACUAUGAUUUCUAUACUGGGGGAGCUGAGGACCAGCACACGCUAAAAGAGAAUGUUGCAGCAUUUCGCCGAAUCAUGUUGCGCCCUAGAGUUCUUGUAGAUGUUAGUAGAAUUGAUAUGUCAACUACUAUAUUGGGUUACAAAAUCUCAGCGCCUAUAAUGAUUGCUCCUACAGCUAUGCAUCAGUUAGCACACCCUGAAGGAGAGGUUGCCACUGCUAGAGCAGCAGCUGCGUGCAACACCAUAAUGAUUUUGUCGAACAUGUCUACCUGCACCGUGGAGGAGGUUGCUUCCAGCUGCAAUGCAGUUCGGUUCUUUCAAUUAUAUGUUCUCAAGAGACGAGAUAUAUCAGCUCAGAUAGUUCACAGAGUUGAAAAAAAUGGUUACAAGGCUAUUGUCUUAACUGUUGAUACUCCCAGACUUGGUCGAAGAGAGGCAGACAUAAAGAAUAGAAUGGUUGCACCUCAGUUGAGGAAUUUUGAAGGCCUUUUAUCAACUGAAGUAGACACUGAUAAAGGAUCAAACUUGGAAGCUUUGAUCAAAGGAAUCUAUGAUACUUCUUUGAGCUGGGAGGACAUAGGAUGGUUGAAAUCUAUUACAAACUUGCCAAUUCUAAUCAAGGGGGUACUCACUCAUGAGAAUGCAAGAAAGGCUGUGGAAGUAGGUGUUGCUGGGAUUGUCGUCUCUAAUCAUGGAGCCCGUCAAUUGGAUUAUACACCUGCCACUAUUUCUGUCCUGGAAGAGGUGGUUCAUGCCGUUGGAGGAAGAGUUCCCGUUCUUUUUGACGGAGGAGUACGGCGAGGAACAGAUGUCUUCAAGGCAUUAGCUCUUGGUGCACAAGCUGUCCUUGUUGGAAGGCCUGUUGUCUAUGGCCUUGCAGCAAACGGAGAACGUGGAGUGAGACGAGUCAUCGAAAUGCUGAAGGAUGAGUUUGAGCUCACUAUGGCCCUUUCUGGCUGCCCCAAUGUCAAGGAUAUUACCAGGAGCCAUGUGACCACAGAAUUUGAUAAGCUACGUUCGAUGCUUUAAUUUUCUUUUACAAGCAUCAAAACAAUAUUCUGCAGAGAGAUGAAUGAGAACGACUGCACAUUGUUAUUCUUGUCUCUCAUAUUGUAAUUCAACUUUAUUAAACUGUGAUCACAAUGUUAACGUAUGUGAUAGUGUGAGUGAUAGCACUUUCAUGCCGAAGUUAAAUAGUCAUUGAGAAAUUAAAUAAAAUGAAGAACAAUAAAUUUAUA